AUGGUGUUUAAGAAAAUAUUAUUUAUUUUAAUAUUAUCUUUAUUAUAUUCAUUGGUUUUAUCUGAAGAAAUUAAAAAUAAUGAAAAUGAUGCUAAAUCAUUUGUAAUUGAAAAAGUUAUUGGACAAAUUCAAGAAUAUGCAAAUAAAUAUAAUUUAAAUCAAAAUCAAUUAGUUAGUGUAAUAACAUAUGCAUGUAGUUAUAAACCAGAGAAAUGUUCAAUUUAUAAUAAUCAAUUACCUGAAAAUUUAUUAUCAACAGCAAAAGUAAUAUUACAAUCAAAAUCUGAUGAAAUUGUAAAAUUAAUUCAAGAUAAUAUUAAAUCAAAUGAUUUUAAAUUCUCUGCUGAAACCAAUAAGAAAUUGGAAAGAUUAUUAAUUAGUUUAAAUUUAUUAGGUGGUUUAAUAGGUGGUACAAAUGGACCACCAAUAGCCGCUUCAAUAAAUACUCAAAAUGAACCAGACAAUAGACAAAAUGCACCAAUCGCUCAAAAUUUCCAACAGUAUCAACAAAAUCAACCAAUUCCAAAUCAAAAUCAAAUUUCAAAUCAAAAUCAAAUUUCAAAUCAAAAUCAAAAUCAAAAUCAAAAUCAAAAUCAAAAUCAAAAUCCAACUUCACAAGAUAGACAAGCUCAACUUGAAGCACAACUUCAAAUGGAGAGAGAUUAUAGGGAAUCUCAACAUAGACGUGAAAUGGAGGAAAAAGCACGUUUGGCUGCAUUGGCACUUCAACAACAAUUGGAAAGACAACAAAAUGAAGAAAAUCAAGAGGAAUUUGAUGAACUUGUACCAAUUUUAAAUGAGAUUCCAGAUAUUCCAGUUCAAACACAACCACAACCAUCUAUUCCAGUUGUUAAAACAAAACCACCUCAAACUGAACAACCACCUCAAACUAAAAAACCAACUCCUGCUCCAACAUUACCACCACCACAACCACCACAACCACAACAACCAAAUACUCAAUCACCACCAGUUGUUCAAACAAAUUCACCAAAAUCUGAGAGUACUUUAUCAGAUUAUGCAAGUUACUUUGACCAAUUCUUAAAUAUCGUUGAUUUAUUCACUCAAAAGUAUAAUCAACAACAUCAACAAGAUAAAAAGGUUGAAAAUAAUAACCAAAUUGAUAAUAUUGAAAUUGAAAAUAAUCUUUCAAAAGUUUCACCAGCACUUUCAAAAAAAUAA